UGGUGCUAUGUGAAGCUAGCCGAGAGCCCCUUCCCGAGGGAACUGCGUGACCGCUUCAGGAGGCACGAGAAGAGGAGGAGCGCCGCCCUCGAGAAAGACGGCAGGACUCUGGCCAUGAUCCCGGAGGGCCGGGACAAGAAUAUCUCCAUCAAGGACUGCACCAAAGAAGCAGAUCUCUACACCCUCGGGUUCCGGCGGUACCGGUUCCUGGGGGAAACUGAUGAGAAGUUCCCAGUGUUUGAGGGAGCCUCCGGAGGUGUUCCAGUAAGUAUGAUGAACGUCAAAGGCCUCGCCCGAUUCAAGAACAAACCGGCCAAGGAUCCGAAGGGGCCGGAAGCAGGUGGCCAAAAGCCCGUCGGUGCGCCCCUCAAAAAGCCCGAGGGCGAUGCUGCUGCGGCUAAGAGAAAGCCGUCGGCAAAGGAGCCCCCCCAAGCCCCUAAAAAGUUAAAGAAGGGGGAUGCCGCGAAGGAUGACCCCCCGGUGGUG